AUGCCUGAUUAUUUGGGAGAUGAUAUGCGAAAAACCAAAGGUGACGAAAAAGAUGAAAAAGUGGAUGAUGUGAAAGCUUUGGACGAAGGGGAUAUAGCACUUUUGAAGACAUAUGGUGUUGGUCAAUAUAGUAAAGCUAUAAAGCAAGUUGAAGAUGAUAUACAAGGUAUUCUGAAGAAAGUAAACGAGUUAACAGGUAUUAAAGAAUCUGAUACCGGUCUAGCUCCUCCUGCACUGUGGGAUCUUGCAGCCGACAAACAGACACUGCAGAAUGAGCAGCCACUGCAAGUUGCUCGCUGCACAAAAAUUAUCACUACGGAUUCAGACGAGCCCAAGUACAUCAUCAAUGUGAAACAAUUUGCGAAAUUUGUUGUUGAUCUUGCAGAUUCUGUUGCUCCCACAGAUAUUGAAGAAGGCAUGAGAGUAGGUGUUGACCGCAACAAGUAUCAGAUUCACAUCCCUCUUCCACCCAAGAUUGAUCCAACAGUUACCAUGAUGCAAGUGGAAGAGAAGCCAGAUGUUACUUACAGUGAUGUGGGUGGAUGUAAAGAACAAAUUGAGAAACUGAGAGAAGUGGUUGAAACUCCCCUUUUACAUCCUGAAAAAUUUGUCAAUUUGGGCAUCGAACCACCCAAAGGUGUUUUACUUUUUGGACCUCCAGGAACAGGAAAGACGUUGUGUGCCAGAGCUGUGGCCAACCGAACAGACGCCUGUUUCAUUAGGGUCAUUGGUUCCGAGUUGGUUCAAAAAUAUGUCGGUGAAGGUGCCCGUAUGGUUCGUGAGCUUUUCGAAAUGGCUCGAAAUAAAAAGGCAUGCCUGAUUUUCUUUGAUGAAAUUGAUGCUAUUGGAGGUGCUAGAUUUGAUGAUGGUGCUGGUGGUGAUAAUGAAGUUCAAAGAACGAUGCUUGAGCUUAUCAACCAGUUAGAUGGUUUUGAUCCUCGUGGCAACAUCAAGGUGCUCAUGGCCACAAACAGACCCGAUAUUUUAGAUCCUGCACUUAUGCGUCCUGGUCGACUGGAUCGAAAAAUCGAAUUCGGUUUACCCGAUCUUGAGGGAAGGACGCACAUUUUCAGGAUACAUGCAAGAUCAAUGAGUGUGGAACGUGACAUCAGGUUUGAGUUGCUUGCCCGUUUGUGUCCCAACAGCACAGGAGCUGAAAUUCGUAGCGUGUGCACAGAAGCUGGAAUGUUUGCCAUUAGAGCUCGACGUAAAAUUGCAACCGAAAAGGACUUUCUGGAAGCUAUUAACAAAGUCAUUAAAUCAUAUGCAAAAUUCAGUGCUACACCUAGAUAUAUGACCUAUAAUUAAUUUCAUUAGUAAUUUAUAAAUUUUGUGUUUCAGAGGGUAAAAAAAUAAAUAAAAUUUUACAUACAAAACA